UGGUUGUUGCUGCAGAUUCACGUUCGGUGUACUGUGUCCUGUGUUCCAGUCUCGUAGUACAGGUAUGCAGCACAAAUGCCAAAAAAGAUCACGAGAAUAUAUCUUUUAGAAAGAUCUUAGGUGUCUUGCACAUCAAGGAAAGUUACGUUUUUAUCAGAGGGACAUUUAAUAAUGAGUGGAACCAAGGAAGAAGAGGCACAAAGCAAUGGUGUUGAUGGCCAAGAUGAGCCUUUACUUCAAGUAAAUGAUGGACCAAGAAGAUUGCAUGUUACCAAUAUCCCAUUUAGGUUUACAGAAGAUGAUCUUAGGAAGGAGUUUGAGCCGUAUGGAGCUAUAAUUGAUGCUGAGAUAAUUUAUAACGAUAGAGGAUCAAAGGGAUUUGGCUUUGUGACAAUGGAAAGAUCAUCUGGUGCCAGAAAGGCUAGAGAAGCACUAAAUGGCAAAGCAUUUGAUGGUAGAAGAAUAGAGGUGAACAAUGCAACUCCGAAGUCAAAUAAAUCACGACCUGAAACAUUUCGGGGAAGAGUCUAUCGAGGCAGAGGCCACAUUAACAACUCUGAACACCGAGCAUACACUGGACCAUAUCAGAAUCAAAACCAGUUCUACGGCAGCAAUUACGGGUACUGGAAUGAAGUGGCUUAUCCUAGACAAUAUUACAGAAACAGUUAUACGCCUUAUCAACAGUCGUACCAGAACAACGCAUUGAGCAGUAAUGGCACUGAGUCGUACCGGUAUCCGUUUCCGUAUCCUCGGUAUCAGCCGUACUAAGUAGAUCGCUUUAAAUAUAAGGUGGUUCUUAACUGCUUCAGUGCAAUUCGAUGCAAUGUUUCUUGGAAUCAGUCUUCGUAUAUCGAUGCAACUAGCUUUCCGAAUUAUCAACCUUGCAUUAUCUUUCAUCGUGAGGUAUGUAGUGGUUCAUCAUAUAUGCACGGUAUUCAAACACUGAAUGAAUGCUAUCGAGAUGCUGCAGCUACAGCAGGCUCCACCCAGAGAAACACCCCCACGUCUUACAUCGUUAGUGAACUAUACAUUUGCAAUGAAUAUGGACACUUUUAAUCGCUGUUCCUGCCAGAUGCAGUGGUUCUCUCUGCGAAACAGCCUCAGGUCAUGACAUAAAAUGCACCGCGCGAUUUGGACGGUUUCAUGUCAAGAAAUCACAACAUGCGCAAAGAGAAUAGGGGAUAGGAACACAUUCUUGGUAACUUUUCUAAGCAGAAUAUUUGUUGCUUAAAUAUUAUUUAAUAAGGGUUGAAGACCAGCCAAUUGUUACACAGCCACCUUUUGAGGAAGAAGUGGCUUUAGUAUAUAAUUACUCGAAAUCCUCCACACAAAGUUUAGAAAUUCCUUGCAAUUGAAAUACGUUCCCUUUUUCUAUUUAUAUCAAAUGAUCGCUCAAUGAAGUAAUUCCCAGUUACCUGUGCAGAAUUUCUGAUUAAUGAUAUGCCGUUCUAUAUAUUGUACUUCCUGAUCAGGGAAAAUCGAAGAAUUGAGUCUGAGGAGUGUCAUCGUAGAAGAGCAAAUGAGGGCUUAGUGAUAAGUGAUAAAUUGGUAUUUGUGAGAGCCUUUCACAGUGUUUGGGAGUUUUUGUCCGAUUUUAAGGUAUCUUUUAUAGUUAUCGCCUGAAAAUUCCCUUCAAAAUUAGUGUUUGGUAUAAUAUCACAUUAUGGUUUCUCGUGCUGAGGUAGAGCAACUUGACUAGGUUAUCAAGAAUAUUUAAAUUGCUUGGUUCAAUAAUUGGUUUGUUCAACAACAAGAAGAUAAAAUUUUGUGUACUAUUUUUCCUGAGUCUUUUUAUCUUAGUAUUCUGUAGCAUUUAAGGCCUGUUCCUGUUUGGAAGUAUAGCAGUGUGUAGCCGUCUUCAAAAAUCAUUUAAGUAGAGUUCUUGUUAGAUUCUAUAUUCAUAAAAUCUAUGUAGUGCGCUUAUUUUCAUGAAAUAAGUUUUGGAAUGGUGGAUAAGAGGAGAAAAAAAGGGGGGGGGGCGAUGAUAACAUUUAGGAACAUGAUGCUGGCUUGAUGUUAGAGGGAUUGGCUCAAUGUGCAAUACUCGACAGAUUUACACGCCCAAGGCCGUUAUGCUAUUUUUAGAUAACGACGUUAAUAUUCGUUUGGUCGACUUACUGCACUUGAAGUCGGAUCCAGGGACGGUGAAACGUAUUUCAAAGUGGGGAC